AUGAUAGAACACAACGAUGCUGUUGACAAACAUAAAGUUUUUGUUCGCAAUAUAAAAGGAACUGAUCUACCUUUGUUAAAAAAAGAAUUUGAAAAUAUAUGUAAUAAACAUUUUUUUUUUUCAAAUAAAAAUUUAAAAAGUGCAAUAUGCCAUUUUAAAACCAAAAAAGAAGCAGAAGAUUUUAUUUCAAAAUAUAAUGGCGUAAAGGUUUACAACAGUAAUAUAAAAUGUGAAUUUGCAUUAAAAAAAAACUAUGAGCAAAAAAAGUUAGUUUCUAUUGUUUAUAAUCGUCAAAAAAUAAAAUAUUCUAAUUCCAUUGAAAUAUUCAUUGAUUACGAUUUAGAUUGUGUUGUAAUGUUAAGUUUUUUGGAAAGUAUUUUUUUAAAGAAUAAAGUGUCUAUACUAAGCUGUUUGGAUGAUAAAAAAAAUAAAACUAAUGAUAAAAACAAGAAUUCUAAUGAAAAUAGAAAUUCAGAAAACGACAUUGAGAUAGUGAUAGAUAAGAAACUUAAAAAUUUUGAAGAUAUAGUUAUAAAUAUUAAGAAAGAAAAUAAAAAUAAAAAUAAUAAUAAUAACAGCAAUAAAACAAUGGAAAAAUCUAAGGGAAAUUCUACAAAUAAUAAAGAAAUAAAUAACUGUUUCGUUUACAUAAUUGAAUUUCUAAAUUUAAAAUUAGCUUCCAUUUUUUUUAAAUAUAUCAAUAAAAGUAUUUUCGAAAAUUACUUGAAAGAAAAAUCAUUUAAUGUAAAAGAUAAUCUUUUAUUUUCUCAUAAUUUAUGUUUUUCAAAAAGAAAUGAUAAUAAAGUCAUUUUAAAAAAUUUAAGUAGAACUUGCCACAUAGAAAAUAUUAAAAAAUUAUUUAGAAAUAUCGAUAAAAAUAUUAAAAUAUUUUUUCCAAAAAAAGAUAAUAAAAAGCAAGGUUAUGCAUUUGUAUACUUUUCAAAUUGUAGAAAUGCCCAAAAAGCAUUGCUCUUAAAUAAUUCAAAACUAUGUGGUAAUAUAAUUAGUAUAGAAAGAGUUAAUACCAACUUGAAUUUCUUAAAUAAUGUUAACGAUGAUGAAUACAGUGAAAAUUUAAAAACAAAAGAAAAUAAAAUGAACAUCAAUGAAAUAUAUUAUAAUGAUGUUGAAAAAAAUGAAAAUGAAGAAAACGAAAAUGAAAAUGAAGAAGAAGAAGAAGAAAAUGAAAAUGAAAAUGAAAAUGAAGAAGAAAAUGAAAAUGAAAAUGAAGAAGAAGAAAAUGAAAAUGAAAAUGAAAAUGAAGAAGAAGAGAAUGAAAAUGAAAAUGAAAAUGAAGAAGAAAAUGAAAAUGAAAAUGAAGAAGAAGAAAAUGAAAAUGAAAAUGAAAAAGAAAAUGAAAAUGAAAAUGAAGAGGAUGAAGAUAAAAAAUAUUCGGACAAAAAUACAAACAGGAAUAUGAAUGAUGUUGAUGAAGGAAAAACAUUAUUUAUUACGAACAUUCCACCAGAUGCAACUAAUGAGGAAAUUAAAAGUUAUAUAGAAAAUAACAUAAGCAGAAAUUAUAUAUACAUAAAAACAUGUAGAAACAAUACCAAAAGAAUUUCUGUAUUUGUAAAAUUAAAACACAAAAAAGAUGCGGAUAACUUUUUAAAGAAAAUUGGAGAAUAUGAAGAGGAAGAAAAAGAGAUUGAUACAGAAGAAAAUGUAAUUGAAAAAUUUUAUAAAAUGGAAAAAAAAAAGAAAAAAGAAAAAAUGAAAAAAAUAUUACUUAAAGAUAACUGCAGUAAUGUAAAUUCAGAGUUUUUAUUUUUCAAAAAUAAUUACAUAAUGGUUAAAAGAGCUGUUAGAAAAGAUUUAAUCAAAGAUAAUAAGAAAUUUACUGUGGCAAAAAAAAAGGAAAAAAAUAAAAUGGAUAAUAAUAUUCAUUUGAUCUAUGAUAAUAAUAUAAAUAAUGAUAAUGUAAGUGAAAACAUAAUUAAAAGAAAUCAAAAAUUACUAGAGAAAAAAAAAGAACUUUUGAAAAAUAGAAAUUUUUUAAUUAAUCCAUGUAGAAUAUAUAUUAGAAACUAUCCUGCAAUGUUAGAACAGAACAUAUUUCGCCAACUUAUAACAAAAUAUUUCACACCUAUACUUAUGAAAAAAUAUAAUAUAAAAAAGAAAGAAGCAUUUAAAAAAUCAAACGAAAUAAUUACAAAAAUGAAAGUAGUUAAAGAAAAUUUUAGUAAAGAUAAAAAAAUAGAAAUUGAAAGAACAAAGAAUAAUAAAAAUAUUAUAUGCUUUAUAGAUAUUAAUAAGCAUGAGAAUGCAAAAAUGCUGAUUAAUUUAUUACAAAAUAAAAAUAUAUAUGAGUUAAUUAAUGAAAUUGUUUACAAAAAAAAAUUUCAAACCGUUAGAAAAAAUAAAAAUAUUAUCUAUGUUGACUAUUGUAUAGAAGAUGUAAGAAUGCUUCAUAUAAAAAAAUUAAAAACAGAAAAGUUCUUAAAUCAUUUAAAAGAAAAAAAUAUAAAUACAAAAAAAACUAUAAAAAAAAAAAACAAAAAAACAAGUAGAGGGAAAAGGCAAAGAGAAAAAAGAAGAUUACUAAAAUUACAAGCAGAAAAUACAAAUAUUUCCAAUGUAAUUCAGAAUAAAUUUGAAUAUGAAGAAACACAACUAAACUCCUCGAAUAGAAUAAAUAAUCAUAAUAAAAAUAAUAUAUCUGAAAUAAAUAACAAAAGAAAAUUUUAUUCAAGAGAAAAGAAUAAUAACGAAAAUAAUCGUCCAAAUGAAGUAACUAAUAGUAGAAAAAACGUUAAAACAAAAAAAAACGAUAAUCUGAAGAAAUUAAAAAUAAAAGAAAAAAGUAAACAAACAAUUACUACAAAAAAUAAUAGUGAAAUGAAAUCAAUACAAAAGGAUGUUUUAAAAUUUCUUAAAAAUUUAAGAAAAUAA